GAACCAAAAUUGCAAUCCCCACAAUACCACAUUAGAACAUAAUCAUAAGCUUAUAAAUAACACAUCAAAGAAGCUGAAUUUUCACACACACAAAAAAUCAUCACAAUUUUGUAUUAAUUCUAUUAUAUUACUAUAUAUUAUUAUUAAUAUGGAGACAGUUACAAGCAUGGUAGGUGAAAAGCCAGUGGUGAUAUUCAGCAAGAGCACAUGCUGUUUGAGUCACUCUGUAACAUCACUGAUACGUAGCUUUGGAGCAAACCCAAUUGUUUAUGAGCUUGAUAAAAUCACAAAUGGGUCACAGAUUGAAAAUGAGUUGAUUCAAAUGGGUUGUAAACCAAGUGUACCUGCUGUUUUUAUAGGACAACAAUUCAGAGGUGGUUCUAAAAAAAUCAUGAGUCUUCAUGUCAGGAAUCAAUUAGUUCCUAUGUUGAAGGAUGCAGGGGCUAUAUGGAUUUGAGUUAUAGACUCAAGAAUAUAUAUAGUUUGUUGCAUUAAUUAAUAUUUCAGAGAUCAUGAAUAAUAUGAAUUUAUAUAUAUAUAUAUAUAUAUAUAGUCAGUGUUGUUAAUUAAUUAACGUAAUUUUGUAGUCGUCAUGCUUAGUUAAGAUGGUAUAUUAAAGUAUAUUAUAGAGCCUAAAUAAACUUGUAUGGUUUUGUGUA